AUGGAUCCCUUUCACAAUGGAAAUAAAAGAAGUUCAAUAUCGUUUGGCCCGUCGCAGCGGCAACCGUAUUCCAAGAGCAACUACUUGGCUGGUGCCAAUGCCCCCCCUUCAGUGGCACAGGACUUGGGUAGAGGCCCAUCGCCCUUUGGAAUGUCGGGCAAUACUACCAGCGGCAGUAACAGCAAAAGAAAUAGUGGCAGUGAUCUAAGUGCUGCGUACUACACAAAUCGGUCGCCCAUGUAUUCGCCGUUGGAUUUCUCCCCACCAGUCUUUUCGCCGAAUCAUUCGCAGUUGCAACAGGCAAGAAACUACGCUGCAAAUAUCCCAGUUGUAAGCAAUUUAAUGAACCAGUCCAUGGCCUCAGUGUGCGAGUACCAAUCACAUUACCCAUUAUUUGGACUCGACUGGAGCGUAGACGACUACGUCUGUCUGGGCUCGUACAAAGAGGACAGCAGGAAUAAGCUGCAGGUUCUACAUUCCAACGAUCUGUUGAGCUGGGAAAACGUCGUGGACGCAAAUGUGGUGUAUCCCGUGAGUAAGAUUCAAUGGGUCCCCUCUCAAUUGCAUCCAAGGAAACUCGCGACGUGCUCUGACUCUCUACGGAUCUGGAACGUUAACCCUGAAGAGAGACAUCUUCAAGAACAAGUCAAUUUAUCCCUGUGUAAAUACAACAGACAGCAUCCCACCAGCCCCGCAACCGCUGAUGACAUGAAGGUUAUAGGCACUUUUCCCCCAAUAACAUCGUUCGACUGGAACACUGUGGACACGAACCUAAUAAUCUCAAGUUCCAUCGACACCACUUGCAUUGUAUGGGAUCUGCAGAGUAGCCACUACGUCAAAACUCAGCUGAUCGCUCACGACAGCGAAGUGUUCGACGUGAGGUUCUUGACGAAAUCUACACAACUGUUUGCCAGUUGUGGUGGGGAUGGGAGCGUACGAGUGUUCGACCUAAGGUCCCUUGCACACAGUACAAUCAUUUACGAGCCUCCGUCCUCACCAGCGUCUGGCCCCAAUGCGGGCGCGACAACACCAUCUUUGAAAGGCUCAGACGCCUUGUUAAGACUGGAGCCGUCGCCCUACGACCCAAAUGUGCUCGCCACAUUUGCGGCUGACUCCAAUAAAAUCAUAAUUUUGGAUAUGAGAAACCCGGAAUCGCCUAUACUGAACUUGGAGGGCCACACUUGCUCGGUAAACGAAAUCAAAUGGCAUCCUACAAAGCGCAAUGUCUUGCUCUCGUGUAGCGAUGACUGCCAAGCACUCUACUGGGAUUUGAACAACUCGUUUAUGGAAAUUAACGGCAGCGACAGUAAAUCCCCUACCGCUAGUGGCGCAUCUUUGGAAGACUCCGACGGCGAUACAGUUAUGGCUGACGGUGGUGCAAAGGCCAAUCAACAGGAAGAUCCCUUGAAUUCCAACAAUGACAAGCAGGUCUGCAGGACCCUAGAUACUCCCAACAUGAUGUAUGUCAAUAAAACACAAGAGAUUAACAACAUUGCAUGGAGGCCCCAGAGAGGUGACUGGUUCGGGUGCGUAAGCGGCAAGAAGUUUCAAAACGUCCGUGUCUUUUGA